AAGCACAUCACCACCAACGCAACAACGCGAACGUCUCGUUCAUCUGCUGUGGUGCUCGUGUGUCUGUGUGUGCUCGUGUGUGUGUGUGCUUCCUGACUGCCCUUCCCCUGUGUCGUGCACAACCGCAUCCAUUCAUCUGUCUGUUCAUUUCCCGCAUCACCGGGCUGGAGUAAGCGCUGUUUGGCACCAUGUCGAACGCGACGCGAAAGAUCAAGACGCGUGAAGAGAUCCGCAAGGAGAAGGAGCUCGAUGAGGCACGAAAGCGCGGUACCAUCCCUGCAGAGGUUGAUGAGGAAGGUCGCGACAUCAACCCGCACAUCCCGCAGUACAUCAAGGAUGCCCCAUGGUACUACAAGACAGACAAACCCACGUUGAGGCAUCAGCGUGUUCAAGAUGACAAGAAACAGAAGGUGGACGACAUCCACAAGACGUUGCGCAAGGGCAUCAUCCGCGGGAAAACGGCCACUCGGUAUCGGAAAGGCGCGUGCCAGAACUGUGGUUCCCUGUCGCACACCAAGAAGGAAUGCGUGUAUCGACCUCGUCGUGUAGGUGCUCGCUUCACCGGCCAAGACAUUGCCCCAGAUGAAUACAUCCCGUCGGACUCUGCGGUGACCUUUGAUGGCAAGCGCGAUCGCUGGGCGUCAUAUGACGUGCGCCACCACCAGAAAGUGAUUGACGAGUUUGAAAAGGUUGAGCGUGAGAAGCGCCGAUUGCAGGCGGAGAAACUGCGCAACGAGGCGGAGGAGAAGAAGAAAGCACGCGAAGCCAACGCGGGCGAGGGCGGGGGCGACAGCAGCAGCAGCAGCGACGAUGAUGACGAUGACGACGACGAUGAAGACGACGAGAAGGACGAGCUGAAGUAUGCUGACUCAGCAGAAAUGGCCGGGUCGAAGGUUGACACGAAGCGCCGCAUCACCGUGCGUAACCUGCGUAUCCGCGAAGACACUGCAAAGUACCUGCUCAACCUGGACCCAAACUCCGCCCAUUACGAUCCAAAAACCCGCAGUAUGCGCGCCAAUCCGCUCGCCCACCUUGGCGUCCCAGAGAAGGACCUGCCAUAUGCUGGCGACAACUUUGUGCGCUACUCUGGCGAUGUGCCGAAGGUUGCUGAAAAGCAGGUGUUUGCCUGGGACGCGGCCAACAAGGGCGCUGAGCUGCACCUGCAGGCCGACCCAACAAAGGCCGAGCUCAUGCACAAGCAGUUCAAGGUGAAGAAAGCCAACUUCCAGGAGGACCAGCGCAAGAGCAUCCUCGAAAAGUAUGGUGGAGAGACACACCUGAAGGCGCCGCCAAAAGAGCUGUUGAUGGCGCAGACAGAGCACUACGUUGAAUACUCGCAGACAGGACGCGUCAUCAAGGGCAAGGAAAAGCCAAAGGUUCUCUCUCGUUACGAGGAAGACGUGUAUCCUGGCAACCACAAGUCCAUCUGGGGCUCCUACUGGGUUGAUGGCAAGUGGGGCUACGCUUGCUGCCACUCCACGGAGAGGAAUUCCUACUGCACUGGCGAGGCUGGGCGCCGUGCUCGCAAGGCAAAACCCACGGAUCUGCUCGCUGCCAAGAUGGACGCGGGUGAGAAGGUCGGAGGCAGCGGCAGCGGCGACACCACCACCGCCACCACCACCACCACUGCGAGCGAUGAGACGGAGAGCAAGUCGCUGGUGGACCUGCACCAGGAGCGGCAGCGGCGUGAUGGCGGCGACGAGGCCGACGGGUCGUCGUCAUCUUCGUCGAAGGACAAGAAGAAGAAGAAGAAAAAGAAGCACAAGAAGAAGCGCAGCAAGGACAGCGACGAUGAUGACGACCUUGACGAUGAGAUGGCUGCUGCGCGGAAAAAGGAGAAGCGCAUCCAGGAGCUGAUUGAUAAGCAGAAGCGCGCAGACGAGGCAAACACCCGCUACCUGCAGAUGGACGAGAGGGACCGGCCGUUCAACUCUGCACGCGAGGACUACAAGGAGGUGACGGAGGAGGAGAUGGAGGCUUAUCGCCGCGGGCGCCAGCGCACCGAAGACCCCAUGGCACAUUUCCUCUCAAAGUAAACACGCACCACUCGC